CCAUGCCUGCCAGGAUGAUGGGCUGCUGAUCCGUGCUAGUGAGGGCUUCCACUCAUGCCCAUCUCUCCCCAGCCCUUUGGAGACCAGAGGGUGCUCUCCUGCCCCAUCCCCGGGGGCUCAAAGAGAAACAGAAACCAGCCUUUUACUCUAGAUAGAGAAACCCAUCUUGCAUGGAAGGGCAGGGUGGGCGGGCCUGGAGACUGGGGCGGUGGAUGGUUUAGCCCACGGAGAGGAGCACAGGUUGAGGUUUGCUGGGAGGAGGGCCUCUGGGCCAAACACUGCUCUUCACUCCUCCAAGUCUUACCUCCAGCUCCUGGACCCAGAGCAGGGACAUGCCCCUGUAUCUCUCCAUCCAGGCCACACAAGAGACCUGACCUGUUCCCAUCAGCCUCUGACCGCUGACCGCAGCCCAGCCCCUUAGUGUCCCUGGCUUCCUCCCUGGGGACCAAGGGGAGUCAGUGGGAGGAGCUUCUCUUACAGUCAGAAUUCCUUGGUGGAAUGCAGACAGCUGGAGGUCACAGAGUCCUCUAUGAUCUCACCACGAGGGGGAGCAAGGCCACUUGGAAUGAAGUUUCUUUGAUAAGUGGGAGGAGACGGAGCAGCUAUGAUGGAUAACCGAAGGACUUGGUGGCAGCAGUGGACCGACAUCAAUAUCAAACCUUUGAACGUCAUGAGGGCCACUCACGAGCCCUACGCCCGGCCGGAGGAGCAAGUGCUGAUCAACCGCAGAGACAUCACUAGCACGAGGGAUACCUGGGACAUGCAGGAGUUCAUCACUCGCAUGUACAUCAAGCAGCUGCUUCGUCACCCAGCCUUCCAGCUGCUGCUGGCCUUGCUGCUGGUGGUCAACGCCAUCACCAUUGCUCUGCGCACCAACUCCUUCCUUGGCCAGAAACACUAUGAGUUGUUCUCUACCAUAGAUGACAUUGUGCUGACCAUCCUUAUCUGUGAGGUCCUCCUCGGCUGGUUAAAUGGCUUCUGGAUUUUCUGGAAGGCUGGGCCUGAUAGACCCCACUGGGGCUGGCCCCCCCAACCCCCCCAGGACGGCUGGAACAUCCUCAACUUCCUUAUCAUCUUUAUCUUGCUCCUGGGGUUCUUCAUUAAUGAACUCAGUGCCAUCUCUAUCACCUAUACCCUCAGGGCGCUUCGUCUGGUGCACGUGUGCAUGGCGGUGGAGCCUCUGGCCCGGAUCAUCCGUGUCAUCCUGCAGUCGGUGCCUGACAUGGCCAAUAUCAUGACCCUCAUCCUCUUCUUCAUGCUGGUGUUCUCCGUGUUCGGGGUCACUCUCUUUGGUGCGUUUGUGCCCAUGCAUUUCCAGAACAUGCAGGUUGCCCUGUACACCCUUUUCAUCUGCAUCACCCAAGAUGGCUGGGUGGACAUCUACAGGGACUUUCAGAUGGAGACAAGAGAGUACGCAAUGGAGAUUGGGGGUGCUGUCUACUUCGCCAUCUUCAUCACCAUUGGUGCCUUCAUUGGCAUCAACCUGUUGGUCGUUGUGGUGACCACCAAUCUGGAGCAGAUGAUGAAGGCAGGGGAGCAUGGACAACUGCAUCAGACAACCUUCCGUGAGACAGGCAAGGAGGAGGAGGAUGGAAGUAACUACCUGCCACUGGUGCACUGUGCGGUCGCCCGUUUGGAGAUGUCUGGCCUCCCCCAGGAGCCACUUACGGGGGGCAACCUGUCUAACCUCUCGGAAAACACCUGUGACAACUUUUGCCUGGUGCUCGAGGCAAUACAGGAGAACUUGAUGCAGUACAAGGAGAUCCGAGAUGAGCUUAACAUGAUAGUAGAGGAGGUGCGCUCCAUCCGCUUCAACCAGGAGCAGGAGGAGGAGCUGAUGCACAAGCAUGUGUCCCUGAGCCUGUCGGUGGUGAGUGGGUCCUCCCUGGACAUCCACGACAUGACUUGCCAGCAAGACUUGAUCACUGCGCUCAUCAACAGGGAUAAGGUUCAGGAAUCCAACACAAACCUGCUCCUUAACAAACAUAAGGCCAGCCGCUGAGAGGCAGGACGGGAGACAAGGGACCUGCGCACACACACCCAGCUGCUGCAUCUUCCUGCACCUCUAGUGUGACUUGGCACAGCCUGGUCUGAGCCCAUCCUCUCCCUUACACCUCGGCAGAUGCCUGGGGCUGAGAAGGGGGUGGUAUGUCCAGGGCUUGUACCUGUGAGCCCCAGGUUCAGAGGAAUUCAGAUGGACAAGGGUGCUGGAUGAGAGAGGGAGCCCCACAGCAAGGAUGAGCACCUAGCGGGGGUGCUGGCUAAGGCAGCCAGGGUUUGUCCUAAGGAUGGGCAUCCCUGGUCCUCUGCAUUAGGCCAGAGCUAGAUGGGGCCUAAGUGGGCUUAAGCACCAAGAGGAGAAAGGUGAGGCCAGUGGGGCCAGGCAUCUGUGUAUUGACAAUAAAAUUUUGCGUUGGGAUCAGUAUGUCUGAAUGGUGGCUCUACAAACUCCUUGGGGCAAUUCUUGCCAAAAGCCUGUUUGUCUGGUGGAAGAGUUACUGACAGCCCUCUAGAGCUUCUAAUCUAAUGGGAGAGAGAAUCUGCACCCUGAAAAUUUGUGACUUAAUGGUAGGGAUAUAAUCUCUGCCCUUAGUGUUCUAAUUUUUUUUUUGGUUGGGGGAGGUGGCAGUGGGUGGGAAUUUGGUCCUCAUGGUUAGGAGCCUGGUCUGAUGGAGACAGCCCUACCCUUCCUCUCUGAAGGUAGAGAAGACUGGUCCUUAUUCUGGGGAGCCCUAGUCUGUUGAGGUCACCAUUGAUCAAGUCAUGCAAAUACAAGCAGUUUUAUCCUGGGACAAUGGAGAGUGACUGGCAAAGCAUGGGUCCUGGUAGGCUUUUUGGAGGAGAGGGGCACUGGAACUUGCUGGAAGAUAGCAGGAGGAGUCUGUGGGUCCAGUGAAUGAGGUCUAGUGGGGAACCUAGGACCUGUGAGGUCUUGGGACCUUCACACUAAAGACCAUUGAGAGCCACAGCAAAUUCCUGAGCUGGGUAAUGCAGAGAGUCUGAGAGAGCUGCGGAAGUCAUGGGCAAUAGGAAGUCAUGGGCAAUAGAAUCACUCUACCCAACUGGAUUCUCAUCCUUGGGUAAGUCACUGGGCCUUAUUUUUCCCACCUGUGCAGUGGGGCGAGGGUGAGAUUGCUCUCCAGCUCUAAAAUCCAAUGGCCAACUUUUAGCUCAAGAGUUGGGAGACCAGUAAGAUCAUCCACGUCCCUGAGACUCAGAUUCCCUUGGGUUGGGUUGGGGAGAAGCCUGGAAGGCCGAGAGUUCUGCCCAGCUGUCCAACAAAGGCUAACAGGGGCCUUAGGGAUAUUCACCAGUUGGAAUGGGAGUCCCCAGAGGCCCACUGAUUGCAACUAAUGAGAAAAUCCACCCUCCAUCCCCCUCUGGUCUGCAUUGGUUCCAGCCCCAUAAAGCACCCCCUGGGGCCAGCUGGGAAGGAGUCUGGACAGCUGGGGGUGGGGUGGUAACUCAGCAGGCAGAUGAGAGAUGGCACCAGUGCCAGCAGUGCCUCACUGUCUUGGAGCUGCUGUCUGUUCCCCUGUUCAAGCUGAGACUCUUUAUCCGUGCUUUCCAGGACCAUCAACAUGGGCAGAGCCAUGGGCAUCCAGUGGCUUUUACUGCUAACUGCUAUUUACUGGGGAUGGAGCCUUCAGUCUUCCUGGCGAGUACCCCCAUAUACCCUUUCUAUCUAUCCUCUUCUGGGGGGGCUCUCAUAGCCCCUCUUCUGGCUGGCCAGAGAAGGGAAGAAGGUGACAAGAGAAGAAGAGACAGAAGGUAGUGUACCCAGGAAAAUCUUGCAAUGUGAGCACAGCCAUCACUAGCCCCAAUCCUAAAUUGUCUGAAAGGCUUGAGGCACCGAUGAGUUUGGAGGCAGGAGCCUGACAGGAUAACCUUCAAGGGACUUCUGGCUUUGCCCCUCUAUCCUCUUCCAGGAUGUUGUCUUUGUCUACUCCAUCUUGUCUGUCAUCCCAGUUGUGUCUCCCUUGCUGUCUAUCCUUCCCAUCUGGGCCUGGCCAAGAGCUUGGGGUUCCAGCAAACUAGUUCCCUCCAAGAUGGCCCAGAACUGGGGACCCAAGAUCUUGGACCCCUGCUGCCAUCCCCUGCCCUCCUCCAACAAAGAACAACUGCCACCUCCAAUGCGUCACCGAGCCUGAAGAAGGAGUACAGCCCUGGGCACUGAGCUCCUAGGACAGUAUGAAGGCAUUAUUACAACCCAGGGGGUUGAAUCAAAUACAGCAGACUCCACAAAAGUCUCUCUGCCUAAGGGACCUACAGUAUCCUCAUUGACAACCUCAGCUCUAUCCAGCAAUGGGAGAGACAACAUGUCUGCAGUUCCGAUUAACGCAUCACCAACAAUCAGGAGGACAGCAACGUCAGAGUCCCGGAAGAAUACAACACCAGCUACUCCUCCCACUUUACCAUAAGCCAACCGCUCUGCUGGGUCCACUGAACAGACAACCCCCAUACAUGUGACCCAGGAGGAGAGCUCCAGAAGCGCGGCCUUGUCCAGCAUGGCCACUUCAGCUAAGACCCUAAAACACAAUCAGAGAGCUCCAACCACACCCCGUUUAGCAUCAAGCUCCAUAAUCAAUGGAUUGGAAUCAUCAUUGUCCACUGACUCUCAGAUGUCAGCCAAGAUCACUGCUCCAGCAGCAUUAAACAUACCAGGCGAUGACGUUACAUCAUCAAGGUCCAUGACAGCCGCUGUCUCUGAGAAGUCAGCUACAAUGAAAUCCUCAACAGCACUGAACAAGACCACUGAUGUGAAAGAAUCUCUAUAUCCAGGACAACGAGUGCAGUUAUCCACACUGACCCUGACCACCCUAGGGACAGCUGCUUCUAGAACAACCAUAUCUGGGACUCAGGAAGGAGAAACUAUAGGCGCACCCCACCCCAGCAUGGUGAGCACGCUGUCUGAAACACAUCACGGCUCUGCCACACGGACACCUUCUGGGCCAGUGGAAUCAGCCCCUGGUGCCCUCACUGCAGCAGCCCAGUCACCUGAGACAGCAGCUGCUCAUUUGAUAGCCCUUAUCCCCAGCUCCUCAGGGACAACACAGCCCUCUGAUAGGACUGGGUCCAGUCAAGCUUCCCCUAAACCCACCCAGAGCAGUAGUCCUGGAGCACGAGCCUGUGCUCCAGACAAGUACCCAGCUGAAGGGGGAGUAGCUGAUAACAGCUACUAUGCCUACUCGAGUGAGUCUGAACAACUCGUGUCUAUACAGCAAAGAAGAGGUGGGGGCCAGAGUGGACAUCAGAACUCUGUGAAGGCCCAGACAAAUGAGUGUCCAAAGGCCAUGGGAGGGCCAGUGAGAUUUGGUCAAACAUUGGCCUCUAAAGAGUCCACUGGGGUAGAGGUGAUUUCUAGUAAGAGGCUAGGUAGCUGAGCACAUGAGGUUGUUGUAGUAAGUUCAGGCUGCUGUAACAAAAUACCAGACCCGGUGUCUUAUAAACAACAGAAUUUUACUUCUCACAGUUCUGGAGGCUCACAGUCCAAGGUCAAGGCACGGGCAGAUUAAGUAUCUGAUAAGAGCCCACUUCCUGGUUCAUAGACAGCUAUCUUCUCUAUAGUGCAAGGGGCAAGGGAGUUCUGUGAGGUCUCUUUUCUGGGUUGGGCGGGG